CCGACGCCGGGAGAAGUUCGAGCGGCCGUCGUCGCUGGCGCUCAAACGGCAGCUGUGUGUGAGCGCCGCGGCCUCCGAAGGAACGCCGUCUACUAGGAAGACCUCCGGCGCUCCCCGCAACUCUCCUCCGGCAGCGUCAGUACGUGUGCGUGUGUGUGUGCGCCGUACGUUCACUCGUGUUGAGUUUUGACAUCGCGUCGAGACGUUCGGGUCGUCGACGAAGUGUUAGUGUGUGGAGUGUUUGAGGACGCAGCGACGGGACUACCAGCUGUCUUGAGGAUAGAAGACGUAGAAGAAGCCCGGGAGGUGGUUUGUUCUUUUCGAGUCGCGCGCGACGCCGGUGAUCGGCGGCGCCAUGUUGGCCGGGAGCUGGAGCGGAUCGAUGCCCGGAGACCGGCAGUCGACGGCGCAGCAGCCCGGGUCGUGUCGGAGCGCGCGCCGACGUCGGGCGUGGUUUAACGUCGUCGACGUCCAACGCCGCUGACCCAUAAAAAAAAAAGUUUGGUCCGCGACUCUAUCCCCCUCUCUCUCGGUCUCUUUUGUGAUAUCUCGCGGAAACGGGAUCAAAAGAAAAAGAGAAACUAAGAAUGAAUGAAACGAUACUGUGCCGCGCAGCCGCCAACGGCUCUGCGAGUCCGAGGGCUCUGGCAGCCCUGGUACCCGCAAACUGCAGCGCACCGGCCACGGUGGCCGAAGAGCCAUUCUUCACCAGCCACCCCGAGUUCGUUGUCGAAUUCUCCAAGCUGCUAUACGGACUUGUCUGCCUCGUUGGUCUGUGCGGCAACUCUCUGGUCAUCUACGUGGUCCUACGGUUCUCCAAGAUGCAGACAGUCACCAACAUGUACAUCUUCAACCUCGCCCUAGCCGACGAAAUGUUCCUGGUCGGCUUGCCCUUCUUCAUAGCCACCAUGGUGUUCAAGUACUGGCCGUUUGGCGCAGCCAUGUGCAAGGUGUACAUGACGACCACGUCCAUCAACCAGUUCACCUCGAGUCUACUCCUCACCGUAAUGUCGGCAGACCGGUACGUCGCAGUGUGCCACCCCAUCUCCUCGCCUCGAUACCGGACUCCCUUCAUCGCCAAGUUCGUCUGCCUGACGGCGUGGACAGUGUCCGCUCUCCUCAUGGUGCCCGUGUACAUGUACGCUAGCGUGGUGGAUGCCGGUCCCGUCAAGUCCUGCACCAUCGUGUGGCCGGAGUCGGCCGUCAUGAACGGUCAGGCCGCCUUCACCCUCUACUCGUUCACCCUGGGCUUCGCCAUACCGCUGCUCCUGAUACUGCUCUUCUACGUGCUCGUCAUACUGAGGCUGAGUCGCGUCGGGCCUCGUUCGCGGCAUCGCGCAAAGCACCGCCGCGUCACGUACCUCGUGCUCACCGUCAUCACCGUCUACGUCAUCUGCUGGCUGCCCUACUGGGCGGGACAGCUGUACAUCAGCUGUCUGGGCGCGGCGCAGGCCACCGCGUUCACGGUGACCAUUUUCCUGCUCAGCCAGUUGCUGUCGUACGCCAAUUCGGCCGUCAAUCCCAUACUGUACGCCUUCCUCAGCGACAACUUCAAGAAGUCCUUCGCCAAGGCGUUCACCUGCGCCGCGGUCGCGGGCGCCCGCGGUUCCGGACGCGGCAGGGAGCAGCCGCAAGAGGACAGCCUGUUUCCGAGGUCCUCAGCGGCCCCUGGCGGAGGCGGCGGGAACACUCAGGCCACAGUCAGCAAGAGAUGCACGGGACAGGACGUGUGGCAGCCCCCGCCCCACCCGCUCCUGCUACAGUGA